AUGUCUGCUGCUGCAACGACUUUAGCACAUUUGUCAACCCCAACUUCAUUCGGCCACAGCCACUUGUCAACUACUAAAAACAAGAGCGCAGCAAUAUUAUCAAACUCCGUACCCACUUGCAAAAUCACAUCAUCGUCUGUCCGUAAAGUUCAAUAUGGAUAUAGAUAUUCGAAGAGAAGUUCCACUCUUCCUGGGUUCAAGCCCUUUUCUUCUCCAGUCAUGGAGUGGCAGGAUUGCACGGUUAAGAUGGAAAUUGAUGUGCCUGUUGGGGCGGCUUAUAAGCUUUAUUCAGAUCGUGAAUCAAUUCCUCGUUGGAUGCCCUUCAUUUCAUCUGUACAGGUACUCAAAGACAAGCCCGACCUAUCACGGUGGUCACUAAAGUAUAAAGCACUUGGUCAGGAUAUUGAAUAUUCUUGGCUUGCUAGAAAUAUGCAGCCUACCCCCAAUCAGAAAAUUCAUUGGAGAUCUCUGGAAGGUCUUCCUAACAGCAUGUUGAUGAGUUUUAGUGUUGAACCUGGCAUUGCUUUUGAUUGGAAUCUAACUGUUUCAUAUGAAGUUCCCCAACUUUUGGUUCCUGUAGCAACAGCACUGCAACCUUUGCUUGAGAGCUUACUCAGAGUUGGUUUGGAAAGAUUUGCGACACUUGCAAAAAGCACUUUGGCAGACUGA